UUUUAAAUUAAUAAUUAACAAUUUAACAUUAUUUCGUAUAUAUUCAUUAUACUUUACUCUCAAGUAUUAAACUUACUAGAGCAAUAAUCUGUAAUCAAAAUCAAUUUAUUCACGUAAAAAAUGAAUUUCCAAUGUCGGCCAGUAUUGAAACCUAUAAAAGUAUUUGUAAUUAAUCCUCUUGCGCCGGCAUCACAAUUAUUAAUAACAAAAAUUAUGUCUGGUGUAGUGUUUGGAAAUGAGCAAUUGAUUGAUUUAUGUUUAAUAGUGUGCGCUAGUGAGAUUAAGACUGCAAACGCUUUUAGGUUGGAAAUUGAAUCAUGUGCCUAUUCAUGCACCAAUUCCACUAUGGUGACUUCUGAUUUGCCAAAAUCUGACGCUUGUGAAGGCGAUGUUUUUUGUUUUAUGACAAACUUUCGCAAUCCAAACCGCUUUGACUUCUCUGAAGAAGAGUAUAAGCAGAAUUUUGAAACAAUAUACCUAAUUAUAAAAUUUGCGACCACUUUUAAGUUCGUCAAAUCUGAUUAUGUCAAUAAUAAUGAUGGCAAGAAAACUGUGGGUGAAAAGAAAAGGAAUCCGAUUUUUAUAGCAGAUGGUUUGGUGGCUUUAGAUAUUCUCAAGACGAUGGCUGUGGAUAUGCCACCAGAUGUGUUAUUUUGUCCAACACCUAUAACGGCAAUCGCAAAAGCAGUAUUAGCAGAUUAUUUAAAUGUUCAAUGUAACAUGAUCAACGAAUUGUUUGUUUGGGCUGCUAACGAUGAAGUGUUUCACGUUGAAGUAGUAAAGCCUUUGGUAGUUCAUGGCGAUACUGAUAAUAAUUCGCGAAAUCAAAGUGAAAUGAGCAGAAAGGAUUUUUUGGAAUCACGUAGUUUGGAUUCUACGCAAUUCAGUGAUUCAUGGAUGAAAAAAGAAUUUAUUGAAAAGGUGGCGACAUCUGCAUCGAAGAAUCCUUACGGGUGUAUUUACAAAGCGGCUGAAUUCGGCAAAACUUUGAGAGACAUUUGGGUAACGCGCACUCGUGACGAUGGCGCAAAAGUUUACGCCAAUAUUGGCGUCAUUAGCGAUGGUUCUCUUGGAACUAUUAAAGGAUACCCUUACGUCUUGCCGAUAAUUUUCGACAAAGGGAUUUGGAGUGUCAACAGCAGUUUUGUUGAAGAUACUCAUCUCAAACAAGAGCUCAAGAGAAUUAAUAAAACAGCCAAAAAUCAUCAUCAACAGCUAAUUACUUAUUGCAAAAAAUUUUUGCAAGAUAACUUUACCCAAGGCCUGAAAGAUGAAGACGAUAGCGUUUCUAUGUAUUAA